CGCGUGGGCGCUCGUUCCCGCAGAAAUUGAGGUGUAUCGCAAAUGCCGGUCUGCAGCUUGCUCGUUUUUACGUAACUCUCUACAGGAGACAUCUUCUCAGAGCGUUUGCUACUGUUCUAGUUCAUUCUUUGUAGUGGCUGCAUCAUAUUCUAAGUAGCCCUGUGUCCAGGAAUGUAGUAAAAAAACAAAAACUGAUGAUGAAGAGAAUGUGUCGGAUGAGGCACCGAGUCCCGCCCAGGAAAAUCGAGAGAAGGGAGAAUUCCAUAAAUUGGCCGAUGCCAAGAUAUUUCUGAGUGACUGCCUGGCAUGUGACAGCUGCCUGACUGCAGAGGAGGGACUCCAGCUUUCCCAGCAGAAUGCCAAGGACUUCUUCCGUGUUCUGAACCUUAAUAAGAAAUGUGAUACCUCAAAGCACAAAGUGCUGGUAGUGUCUGUGUGUCCUCAAUCUUUGCCUUAUUUUGCUGCUAAAUUCAAUGUCAGUGUAACUGAUGCAUCCAGAAGGCUCUGUGGCUUCCUUAAAAGUCUCGGGGUACACUACGUGUUUGAUACGACGAUAGCUGUGGAUUUUAGUAUCCUCGAGAGUCAAAAAGAAUUUGUGCGUCGCUAUCACCAGCACAGCGAGGGGGCGCGCGCGCUGCCCAUGCUGACCUCCGCCUGUCCGGGCUGGGUCCGGUACGCGGAGCGGGUGCUGGGCCGCCCUGUCACCCCCCACCUCUGCACUGCCAAGUCCCCCCAGCAGGUCAUGGGCUCUUUGGUGAAGGAUUAUUUCGCCCGACAGCAGGGAGGCUGCGUAGGCUGCCGGGCCUUGCAGGGGCCGGACUCCGUCUGGGGCGCGGUGGCAGGUGUGCGGCUGCUGCUGUGCUUGGUGGAGCUGGGGACGGACAGGGACCCGCCGUGGCUGCAGCAGAACCUGUCUCCAGAGAAGAUCUUCCAUGUCAUCGUGGCCCCUUGCUAUGACAGGAAGCUGGAGGCCCUUCGAGAAGGCCUUUCCUCUGCCUCACACAGUUCUCGGGGUGCUGACUGUGUGUUAACGUCAGGUGAAGUUGCUCAAAUAAUGGAGCAAAGUGACCUCUCAGUGCAAGAUGCCACCGUCGACACUCUGUUUGGAGACUCGAAGGAGGAGAAGGUGACGCGCCACGACGGAGCCAGCUCGGACGGGCACCUGGCGCACGUCUUCAGACACGCGGCCAAGGAGCUGUUCAAUGAGGACGUGGAGGAAGUCACCUACCGAGCCCGGAGAAACAAAGACUUCCAAGAGGUCACCCUUGAAAAGAACGGGGAGGUUUUGCUACGCUUUGCUGCUGCGUACGGCUUUCGGAACAUCCAGAACAUGAUCCUGAAGCUUAAGAAGGGCGCGCUGCCCUACCACUUUGUGGAGGUCCUCGCGUGCCCUGGAGGUUGCUUAAACGGCAGAGGCCAAGCCCAGAGCCGGGACGGCCGUGUGGACAAGGCCCUGCUGCGGCAGAUGGAAGGCAUCUACUCCGACAUCCCCGUGCGGCCCCCGGAGACCAGUGCGCACGUGCAGGAGCUGUACCAGCAGUGGCUUGAGGGGCUCGACUCCCCCAAAGCCCAGGAGACACUGCACACCAGGUUCCCGAGCCCCGAGCUCUGCGCACACGGCCUGGACAUAAGGUGGUAACGAGCCCGGGCAGGCGUCGCUGUCGGGCCAGGGCUGCACUGGGCGGGCGGAGGGGCUGCUCUGGGUGUAGAGUAUUAAAGACGCUUACAGAAAACAA